UUAUGUCAAAUGUUAGUCAGUAUUCGGUGAUCUUUAGAGAUGGUAAGACGAUAAUUCUAAUCACAUUAUUCUAAUAUUAACGAGUUGUGUAAUCAACAAAGAUUAAUUGAAAUUUAGAUAUUAAGACAAAAAUUAUGGAAUUUUUAAAAUUCUUAUUGAGCAUUGGCCUAAUGUUGACCAUAGCCACGGCUGUUGAUAUUAAGGAUAAUUUAAAAAAUAUCUCGAAUGAAACGAUUGAGAUUCGUUUAUUUAAGGAAGUAACACCAAUGCAUUAUAAAAUCAGACUGGUACCGUACUUUGAAGAAGACAACUCUCUUUUUAAGGGUAGCUUAAGUGUCAAUAUCAAAAUUCAUUACGGCACAUCAAACAUAAGCUUACAUUCGAAUAAGCUGAUAAUAAAUACAACUGCGACGACAUUGCUUAGUAACAAUAAUACAACCUAUAAACCAAAUCAACAUAUUUAUCAUAAUAAAAUAGACAUUUUGACACUCACUUUUGAUCAUGUAUUGUCGUCCGGUCUUUACAUUUUAAACAUGAAAUUCAAGGGUGAUCUAUCUGCUAAUAAGACACACGGUUUUAUCAAAAGAUCAUAUAUAAACACAGAAGGAAAAAAGACGUGGUUGGCAUUCACAUAUUUACAAAUAAUUGGAGCAAGACAACUGUUUCCGUGUUGGGAUGAACCUGCGUUAAAAGCCACCUUCGACAUCUCCGUAAAGCAUAAAAAAAAAUUCACGGCUUUGUCGAAUAUGCCGAUACGAAACACAGACAAGGCCGAAGAUGACAUGAUAUGGACACAUUUCGACACCACCCCAAUAAUGUCUACUUAUCUCGUGGCGAUUAUAGUGUCUGAUUUCGCUCACAUUUCCGACGGGACCACCAAUAUAUGGUGUAAAUCAUCUUUGACAUCGCAAGUAAACUACGCGCUAAAUGUUAUCAAAAUGGUGGAGAAGUUUGGGAUCCAAUAUACUAAUAUUUCUAGACAAGUACCAAAAAUAGAUCACGUCGCCAUACCGAAUUUCCCAGCCUCCGCCAUGGAAAAUUGGGGACUCAUCUUUUACAAUGAAACAUAUCUCGUAUAUGAUCAUAACACACAUCCUCUAUCUCACAAAAAACAAGUAGCGAUGAUAAUAGCACAUGAAAUUGUACAUCAUUGGUUUGGAAAUUUGGUCACUUCAUCUUCCUGGUCUGAAUUAUGGUUAUACGAAGGAAUUACUGAGUUCAUCUCCUCGUACUUUCUGGAUAAGAUUUUUGACGAGAGUCGGAUAAUGGAUGAAUUUGUAGUCAAUAAAUUGCAUAUGUCUUUCACAAUGUGCGAAAGCUUCAUAACAAAUCCCAAAGUGAUAAAUAACGAUUUGUCUGAUUAUAUUUCGUUCCAUUAUUUUGAACUAUAUCUUCAAGCACCUAUUAUAAUGCGCAUGUUACAACAUAUAAUUACCGAAGAAGUGUAUCAUAAGGCUCUCGUCACAUAUUUGACCAUGUAUAAGUUUAGUUCAGCGACGUCCAACGACUUGUGGAGCAUCAUGCAAACUAUUUUAGAUCAAUCAAAUGUUCCACAUGAAAAUUAUAAAAUAAAAGAAGUAAUGGAUACGUGGACAAAUCAAAAUUGUUAUCCUUUCGUAAGCGUAACAAGAAAUUAUAAAACUGGGCUAGUUAAAAAUAAUGCUACAUGUCAUGAUGCAUAUCACAUGAUAAUGAAUGAUAAUAAAUGGCGGAUACCUAUAACUUAUGUUACUGAAACAAAUCGAGAUUUUUCCAAUACUUCAACCAUUAUGUGGCUAGAACCACAAGACGACUCUAUAAGCUUUAAAAUUAAUCCAAAUGAUUGGAUAAUUCUCAAUGUACAACAAGCCGGAUACUAUCGUGUUAUGUAUGAUAAUAUAAAUUGGAAAAAAUUAAAUUAUUUAAAUUCUGACGACUUUACGCAAAUACACGUUCUCAAUCGUGCUCAGAUCAUUAGUGACGUAUAUUACUUUACAAUGAAAGGCUUACUUAAUGUGACUUUCUUGAUAAAUGUAACAUACUAUCUAUCGCAAGAAAUAGAUCAUAUACCAUGGAAUCCAGUAUUUAAAAUAUUAGAACAACAUGAAACGUUCUUGUUAAUGCCAGAAAGCUUAUAUUUUAAAUUACAUAUGGCAGAAAUAUUCAAUGGACUUCUUAAAAGCCUAACCUAUGAAGAAAAUUCUGAUGAUGACGAUAUCACAAAAAUAUUAAGGCUUAAUGCAGUUAAAUGGGCAUGUAUGCUUGAUAACUUAGAUUGUAAGAAAACGGCCACUGCUAAAUUACACAACCAUCUUGCGGAUCCCGAUACUUACAAAAUUUCGCCGUGGUGGGAAGAAUGGAUAUAUUGUUUUGGUUUGAAAAAAGCUAAUCAGAAUACUUGGAAUAAAGUGUUCGAAUUGUAUCAACAUAAUCGCAAGCAAAUAUUUUUAAAUUAUUUAGCUUGUUCUGAAAAACCUGAGAUUAUCAACAACUAUUUAAAUAUAAUAGCAUCAAACACUUCAUUAUUUGACAAUGCACUGCAUUAUUCUGUGUUUAAGACUAUCCUUAAGUGGCAUGUAACUAACAAUUUGGUUUUUGAAUACAUUUUAACAAAUUUAGAGACUAUAAAACCCAGAUCAAUUCCAAUGCUCACAAUAAUAGAAGAUAUUAUUAGUAAUAAUAGAAAUAUUAGUAAUAUUAGAAACUUUUUCGGUAUGAAACAAAUUUAUAAGGUAAAUUUUACGAUUCUAAACUUACAUUGAUUGACUAUUUAUUAAAAACUUUUUAGUUUUGUGACACAUUUCAAAUGAAAAUCAUUAAUCUGCAAAAUAUUAGUAGUAGAUCGAUUGCCGAAAUAAAAUUAGAACUAAUUAUUA